CUCACUGAGCACUUGUUCACUGCGAGGCUUCUUAUUUUUUGUUACACUUUGCAGCAGAUCUCAUCAUGAGGUGUUGUGCUUUAGCUGUGUGUUUAAUUUUGGGUAUAAGCGUGCAGGACGGAUGGAGCAUUCCCCUCAAGUCCCGCUUUGUCACCUUCCCAGGAGACAUCCUCAGAAAGAACAUGAGUGAUACGGAGCUGGCAGAAGGUUAUCUGAAGAAGUUUGGCUACAUGGACUCGCUGCACCGCAGUGGCUUCCAGUCGAUGACGUCCACGGCCAAGGCUCUGAAGAGGAUGCAGAGGCAGAUGGGGCUGGAGGAGACUGGAGAGCUGGAUCAGUCCACCGUGGAGGCCAUGAAGCGGCCUCGCUGUGGGGUCCCUGACGUCGCCAACUACAAAACAUUUGACGGAGACCUCAAGUGGGACCAUCAGGACGUCACUUACAGGAUCAUUAACUACACUCCCGACAUGGAGAGCUCUCUGAUCGAUGACGCCUUUGCCCGAGCCUUCAAGGUGUGGGCCGAUGUGACCCCUUUGACCUUUACUCGCCUCUUUGAUGGAACCGCUGACAUCAUGAUUUCAUUUGGAAAACUCGACCACGGAGACCCGUACCCCUUCGAUGGUAAGGACGGUCUGCUGGCCCAUGCCUACCCCCCCGGGGAGGGUCUGCAGGGCGACGCCCACUUCGAUGAUGAUGAGUUCUGGACUCUGGGAACAGGACCAGCUGUGAAGACUCGCUAUGGAAACGCUGAUGGAGCCAUGUGCCACUUCCCCUUCACCUUCGAGGGUAAAUCCUACAGCUCCUGCACCACCGACGGACGCACCGACAACCUGCCCUGGUGCUCCACCACCGCCGACUACGGCCGGGACCAGAAGUUCGGCUUCUGCCCCAGUGAACUUCUGUUCACGUUUGGAGGAAACGCAGACGGCGAUGCGUGUGUCUUCCCCUUCGUCUUCCUGGGGGAGGAGUACGACGGCUGCACCACAGAGGGCCGCAGCGACGGAUACCGCUGGUGCGCCACAACGAGCAACUUUGACCAAGACACGAAAUACGGAUUCUGUCCCAGUCGUGACACCGCUGUGAUCGGUGGAAACUCCGAGGGAGAGCCCUGCCACUUCCCCUUCGUGUUCCUGGGCAAUAAAUACGACUCCUGCACAAGUGAGGGACGAGGAGACGGCAAGCUGUGGUGCGCAACCACUGAUGACUACGACGAGGACAAGAAAUGGGGCUUCUGUCCUGACCAGGGUUACAGUCUGUUCCUGGUGGCAGCCCAUGAGUUUGGACACGCCCUUGGCCUGGACCACUCCAACAUCAGAGAGGCUCUCAUGUUCCCCAUGUACAGCUACGUGGAGGACUUCUCCCUGCACGAGGAUGACGUCGAAGGCAUCCAGUAUCUCUACGGACGCAGAUCAGGCCCUGACCCCACCCCCCCUCAGCCCCACAGCCCCACCACAGCCCCUACCCCCGACGACACCACCACCACCACCGCCGCCGCCACCACCACCACGCGACCCGUGGAUCCCUCCAAAGACGCCUGCAAGAUGACCAAAUUUGACACCAUCACUGUGAUCGAGGGAGAGCUGCACUUCUUCAAGGAUGGAAACUACUGGAAGAUGUCCGGCAGGGCCGAUGGAGCGCUGAAGGGACCGUUCGCCAUCUCCGAGAGGUGGCCCGCUCUGCCAGCAGUCAUCGACUCGGCCUUCGAGAACAUUCUGGCCAGGAAACUCUACUUCUUCUCAGGGACCAGGUUCUGGGAGUACUCUGGGCAGAGCGUUCUGGGUCCCCGCAGCAUCGAGAAGCUCGGCCUCCCCAACACCGUCCAGAAGGUGGAGGGAGCCCUGCAGAGAGGGAGGAGCAAGGUGCUGCUGUUCAGUGGAGAGAACUACUGGAGGCUCGACGUGAAGAACCAGAAGAUCGACAAAGGUUACCCCAGAUACACCGACGCUACCUUCGGUGGAGUCCCCAACGACGCCCACGACGUGUUCCAGUACAAAGGUCACAUCUACUUCUGCAGGGACCGCUUCUACUGGCGCAUGAACUCCCGCAGACAGGUGGACCGCGUUGGAUACGUCAAAUAUGAUCUGCUCAAGUGCUCCGACGCUUCAAGCAUCCAGUACUAAGGAGGAGAACCGACAGGGAUGAGCUGGAAAUCGUCUUUAAUGUGGUAGCAGCCACUUCUCUUCUGUGCAGGUGUCAGGGAGGAUGUGACGUAGUUUUAGUGUGAUCCGUGUUCUUUCUGGGAUGUCGGCCUGAAAAUAACUCAAAGGCCAAACAGAAAGCUAAUUAUGAUAUGUGGCACUGCCUCACCCUCAGUCUGAUCGUCUGUGAACUGCUUGGUUGUGGAGGGCUGAAAUUUGAGACUAAAAUAUUACAAAAAGCUGCCUGGAGCCCAGAUUUGCUAAAUAAUGUCUUCACGUCUGACAGGUUCAGACUCCUAACAGUAUUAGAUUAUUUUGGUAUUUAUAGCAAUAUAUAAUAUUAUUUUUGUGUCCUAAGGCUUAUUUGUUUUGUAUAAUUAAAUGUGUGUAUUUUCCGGAGAAAAAAAGGCUUCAAAGCCAAUUACUUUGCACUGGAAGACAAAUUAUGUCUCCUUCACUGAAAUUAUUUAUGAGACUGAUAUGUUUUGUAUUAAAGUUUGUAC